AUGUCGUCGUCGAAUGCUUUCCUCGCCACCUCGCGCGCCCCCGGUCGCCCUCACACACUCGAUUGGCACCCGGGUGCGUGGUGGUUUGCGGCUGGAGUUAACCCCGAUCAUACUGACCUGGCCCGGGCCAAAGAGAACGCGGAGAGGGUGCAGAGGGAGAGGGUGGAGGUUAUGAGGGCGAAUCCCUGCCCCCAGGGACUCCUUUGGGAACGAGUCUUGCCCGCACGCGUGAGCCCUCCCGCGACGCCUGUCCGCGCCUUUGUCAGCAGCUCGCCCGAGCGCAAGACGGGCGUGGCCAAGCCCAAAGUUGCCGUUCGCGAGCGCCAGGGGGGUAGUCCUGCUGAGAUGGUUUUAGGAAAUGUUGGGAUGAAGGAGAAGGUUGGGAGGGUGGGGGGUGAUUGGUUGAGGCAGCGGAGGGGGUGGUCCAAUGCUGUAACGGGCACAGAUUGGAUUGGGGUGUUCAAGCAGUUGGUGGAGUGGGUGGUUGGCGAGGUGGGCGAUAAACUCACUGUUGCUGGGUUUAUGGUGUUUUUCGCGCUGUUGUGGGCCGUGGUCAUGACGGUGGUGUGGAUGGUGCAGGCGGUUGGCCAAAUAUGGCAUACCUGGUACGGGCAGGAGAAGAUUGUGGUCUUAGAGGAGGUUGAUUCGGAGGACAGGGUUCGCCACAGACCGGCUUUCCUGGAUAUCAAUGUGGAGGAGAUGGCUGUGAGUUUGCUUGGGAAGCGGAGGGAGAAGGGCACCGGUGUUGUUGGUGCCGAGGCUGAAGAUAUCGAGGCGUUUAGGGGACGGCUCAAAUCUUUCGCUACUAAGCAUCCGAGUCGUCGUGGGAGGAGCUCACCAUAG